CGCUAUAAGUAGACAUGAUCACUACGAAGCCUAUCCAAAUUUUUCUUCACUCCAAAAUGGCCAUCACCAAUUUGGCUCUUCUCCAGUUCGUCCUCCCCUCUCUGUUUCUCUUCCUCUUAAGUAUUUUUCUCAUAUUUCAUCGUCAGCGCCAAAACCACCGCCGUCUACCGCCCAGUCCCCCUUCCUUUCCGAUUUUAGGCCACCUCCACCUCCUCAAACCGCCGAUUCACCGCCCUCUCGCCGCCAUCUCCGCCGCCCACGGCCCCGUCGUUCUCCUCCGCUUCGGUUCCCGCCCCAUCCUCCUCGUGUCCUCUCCGUCCGCCGCCGAAGAGUGCUUCACCGUCCACGACAUCGCCUUCGCGAACCGCCCCCGCUUCCUCGCCGGCAAGAUCCUCGGGUACGACUUCACCGCCAUGCUGUGGGCACCCUACGGGUCCCACUGGCGCGACCUCCGCCGCAUCACCUCCAUGCACUUGCUCACGUCCGGCAGCCUACGCGCCUCCUCUGACCUUCGCACCGGGGAGAUCAGAGCCCUCGUGCGGAACCUCUUCCUCCAGCAAGGCGGCAGCAGCGGUGGCGCACCGAGGAGGCUGGAUCUAAAGUCAACUUUGUUCGACCUCGUGUGCGCCAUCAUCGAACAGCUGGUGGUUCCGCUGGCGGGGGAGACGCCAAAGCAGAGGCUGAUCGUCAGGGAGAUGGUGAUCGAGGGACUACGGUUGAGCACGGCGGCCGCAAACGCAGGGGACUACAUGCCGGCGUUUAUGAGAGUGGCGUGGCGCGGGCUGGAGAAGAGGCUAAUGAGGCUUCGGAGGAGGAGGGAUGAGUUUUGGGGAAAUCUCAUAGUGCAGCACCGAGAGAGACGACAGAUCGAGGAUAAUGGCGGCGGCGGCGUGGAUGGGGAAGGAAGGAAGACAAUGAUGGACGUUAUGUUGUCACUGCAAAGCAUCGAUCCGGAUCGCUACACGGAUGACAUCAUCAGGGGCCUAAUGAUAACAAUGUUCACAGCAGGAACAGACACCUCCGCCGGCACAACAGAGUGGGCAAUGAGCUUGUUGUUAAACCAUCCUCACGUUCUACAGAAGGCCGCCACCGAGCUUGACACAACGGUCGGCCACGGGCGGCUGGUCUCCGAAGACGACCUCACCAACCUCCCCUACUUGAACUGCAUCAUCCACGAGACUCUGCGAUUGUACCCCGCCGCCCCUCUCCUCGUGCCCCACGAAACUUCCAAAGACUGCACCGUCGCGGGAUUCGACGUCUCCGCCGGCACCAUGCUGCUCGUCAACGUGUGGGCUAUCCACAGGGAUGCUGGCCUCUGGGACGAGCCCGAGAAGUUCAAGCCGGAGAGGUUCAUGGCGGGGGAGGCGGCGAAGGGAUACAAGUUCAUGCCGUUUGGGAUGGGGCGGCGGCAAUGCCCCGGCGAGGGUCUAGCUAUGCGAACGGUAGGGUUGAUGCUGGCGACGUUCGUCCAGUGCUUCGAGUGGGAGAAAGUGUCGCCGGAGGAGGUGGACAUGACGGAGGGGCUAGGACUGUCCAUGCCCAAGGCGACGCCAUUGGAGGCGUUGUACAAGCCACGCCAGAGCAUGGUGCCACUCCUUUCGCAGCUGUGAGAGGAUAUGUGAUCUGAAGGGCUUCCCAAAAAUAAAUUAUCUUCUCUGCUCAAAUAAUUAAAAUUGAAUGAAUAAGGCUCGAUAAACUCUGGAUUUA